AACACCCCGAAAUCUCCUCAUCUCAUCUCAUCACCCACCACAGACACAACCACAACCUCUUCGAAUCACAUAUCAUGUCUGCCAACAGCCCCCUCGAAAAGCUCUCUUCUAACAAGGCAUAUGGCGGCCAGAUCGUCAAGUACAAAUUCAAGAGUGCUGCGCUCGGCGGGCUCGACGCCAAUUUCAACGUCUUUCUGCCAGCUCACGCCGUCGAUGGAAAGGAGAAAGUCCCACUCCUCGUCUAUCUCGCCGGACUGACCUGCACAGAAGACCAUGGGCCCAACAAGGGCGCGUUCUUGAGCACAGCAGCUGAAGAAGGCAUUGCGAUGCUGUUCCCUGACACCUCACCCCGCGGCGGAGGUGUUGAGGGGGAGGACGACGACUGGGACUUCGGCACAGGCGCGGGAUUCUACCUCAAUGCGACGAACCCGAAGUAUUCCACCCACUACAACAUGCGCACACACGUCACCCUCGAGCUCCCUGAAGUCCUCGCCGAUGCCGGCCUCCCUAUUGAUCUCUCCCGCCAAUCUAUCUUCGGCCACUCUAUGGGCGGCCACGGCGCGCUCACGCUCUACCUUUCCACCGCGACGCACCAAUACCGCUCCGCCUCCGCCUUCGCUCCCAUCUCUAACCCCAUUCAUGCGCCCUGGGGUCAAAAGGCAUUCGCGGGCUAUCUCCAGGGCGGCGUCGCCGAGGCAAAGGAGCUCUACGACGCGACGGAGCUCAUCCCGCGGCGCACCGAGCCCGCACACAUCCUCGUCGACUACGGCACUGCAGACCAGUUCUACAAAAACGGCCAGCUGUUGCCUGAGAACUUCGUCAAGGCAGCGCGCGGGGCCGGGUUCGACGAGUCGCAGGUGAAGGUGCGGGAGCAAGAGGGUUACGACCACAGCUAUUAUUUCAUCUCGACCUUCGGUCGCGAACACGUCCAGUUCCACGCAAAUUUCUUGAAAGCGUGAAAAUUUACCAUAUAAGAAGCAGGCAACACCGACCGCAACGCCGCAGAAGUCUGCGUUUUAUGUGUAUUUGUUACUCAAAUGUAAGUCAACAGAGGUGAAAUAACAUCUGCGUCAUCGCACCAUCACAUCCGGGCAUAUACCGAUGGCGACUGAGUUUCAAGCACAGCAAUGAGAAAGGGUGCAGUAGCGAAGAUGCAGAAAUACAAAACGGAGACCUGUACACAAGCCGUUGAGAAGGACACGCAACGACGCAAGCACCAAGCAGCAGGAGGUCAACAGCCAGGACCAGCAGAGAAGAAGUCCAAGCUCAGCUCAGUCGAUGUCGGCAGCAAUCCGCGUCGCGUACGCCUUCUUGAGAUCCUCUAACUCCGAGGUGAUCCACUUGCUCUCCAACGCCAAUCUGAUCGUCGCGCGGUGCAGGUGGUUGUACAUCAGCAACCGUCCUACAAGAGCCUUCGCUUCUGGCAGUGCGUCCCAGAUGCGCCGAGGGAACGGGACCUCUUGAUCCACAAUACGUUUCUUUGUCAAGGCCUCGCUCUUGUCCGAAUUUUGAGAUAGCCAAUGGCAUAAAUCACCCUCAUCCGCGUCGACAGAGUCGUCUGCAAAUCCGCUGACGCGAUCAAAUGGGUGCCAACCAGAGAGCAUGAUGUACAACACGAUCCCCGCACUCCAACAGUCUGCCGGCAUACCGACGUAACCGCGGUCUUUAUGUUCAAGUGCGAGAAUACCCUCCGGUGGAAGGUACGGGACUGUACCGCAGACGUUGAGGGUCUCUUGAUACGCUUUUGGCCGGGCGAGUCCAAAGUCUGCGAUCUGGAUGCGUGGGUAUGAUCCUG